GCGAGGCAGCAUGGCCGCCCUGGCCCGGCUUCAGGAGAGGCUGGCGGGACUCCGGGAGGAGUAUUUCCUUACGAACAGAGCUAUAGAUGAAGACAGGAAAACAAAGUACAAAGCUGCUGUCAGGAUCCAGCGCUGGUUUCGAGCAUGCCGUGUCCGAGCCUAUCUGAGAUAUCUGAGCAAAAUGGCGACUUUGAUACAGAAGUGGUGGAGAGGUUAUCUAAGAAGAAAAAACUUCAUAGAAGUAGUGGAGAGAGCAUAUUUUAUUAAGAAGGAGAAAUUCUACAAUGAAAUGGCUGUCAGGAUCCAGAAAACAUGGCGAGGCUAUUACGUUCGCAAGUAUAUCCAUAAUUUUUAUGCACUGAAGAAAUACCUGACUGCUGUUUCUGUGAAUAACGAGCUUGUCAGGUAUGAACUUCAAGAAUAUGCAGAUAUGAAGGAAAAUGAAGAGAAAAUGAAAGACCUGGAAAAGAAAGAAAAGGAAAAGAAAUACCAAGCUCGAAAGAUGCAUUACCUCCUUAGCACUGAGCAGAUUCCAGGCGUCUACAAUUCGCCAUUCAGGAAAUCCCCAGAUCCAAUGGAACUGCUGCUACGGCAGUCAAAGCCACUGACCCACAGGAAGCAGCAAGUGAAGAGUCCCUUUGCUGAUGAGCUCUAUUGCUGGCCAACCUGUAAAGAGCCUCCAGCUUUUGUCACAUCACUGCCUGUGCUACCUGCUGACAGACAGAAACCUCAGGGGCCGUUCCGCGAUCCUGCUGAAGUGUUGCAGCAGCGCUACAAGCCUGUGGAACCAACUCUGCGAGUGAGAGAGUCCAUGUAUGCAUCACCAGCCAAGGCCAGAGACCCAACACGAGGGGAGGAAUGGAGAAAUCCCAUCCAUGACAAUCAGUUUCUGCCAUUUUCUUCAUAUCAUAAAAAUUAUGAGAAGUAUGAGCCAUCACUUUUUAAGUCAGGCAAAUAUGGCAAAGAAGCUUAUGGAACUAAAUAUUUCAGAGAAGUAUAUCCUAAGAAGUGGAUAGCAGACAAGGACUUUGAAACACUGUUUUCAUCAAUUGCUCUCUUCGAAAAGUUUGGAAAAACUUACUCCAGCACUGGGCAAAUACUGUAAUUGUCCUGGAGACACAUGAAAAGUAGCCAAUAAAUGUAUUUCAGCAAAUAUACAGCAGUAUGUUUGUCCUGGAGACACAUGAAAAGUAGUCAAUAAAUGCAUUUCAGCAAAUAUA